UAACCAUGUAGCUGUGAGUAGCUAUGAGUAGCUGUAAGAGGUAAUAUUGGCUGUAAGCAAGCAGAAGCAGUUCGUCGAUUCGUUCAUUUUAGAUCUUUCUUGGCAAACGGACAACGCAGAGAGGCCCAGAGAGGGCGCGCCAAGUGUAAUGAAUUUAGAAAUUGGUUUAUGGGGUAACUAACGUAUUGGUACCUAUCCAUAGUGCGAGGUUCCUCUCUUCCUGUUUGUUUCAUUGCGCUGGGGCUGAUGCAUUGAAAUCAUAAGCAUUUUAGACGCUCUAUUUAUUUUUUCUUGUCUUAUUUUUUCCCGCUUAUUACUACUUGUUUCUCUCGGCGCAUCCUAUUAUUUAUCACCAUUGUCUCUUCUUUUCUCUUUUUUUAUUUUAUUUUUAUUCUUUUCUCUGCUGACUGGUUCCCCCCUUUUAAACGGUAGUUACUAAAGUAGAAAAUAUUACCAAGUUGGUUAUGCGAUGACGACGGCGGUUGUUGAAGGUGUAACUGGGGGUCACGAAAAAGUUACACGACCCUCUCAAACCAGCGAACAAGUAUCGACACUCCCCAAGACCAGACAAGACGCGAUGGAUAAUCCAUCUGGCGGCGGCCUACGCGGCCUUCGACGCAUCAAGUCGGCGGGUGAAUCGGGGCGAAGCGGUUUACACCCCAUCCAAUUCCUCUCCAUCAUUUGGCGAUCUAGUAGCUGGAUAUCGAGGGCCGUGAAUAUCCUCUGGCCAUUUGUACCCGCUGCAAUUGCCGUCCAACAUUCGAUUGACGACUAUCAUAUCCUCAAGUUUAGUCUGGCGUACAUCGCCAUGGUCCCCUGUGCAAACCUCAUCGGCUUCGCUGGCCAGGAGCUGGCGAGGAAGCUACCGCAUAUGCUUGGUGUUCUGGUCGAGACAACUAUCGGAUCCAUAGUCGAGAUCAUUCUAUUCAUGGUUUUGCUUCGCGGGAACCAGUACUAUGUUAUUCAAGCUGCUAUUCUCGGAUCUAUAUUGGCUAAUAUGCUGCUGUGUUUGGGCCUGUGUUUCUUUACCGCUGGUUUACGACGGGAAGAGGCCACGUUCGACGGCGCAGUCAGCGAAGUUGGCUCGAAUCUCUUACUUAUCGCCGGUCUUGGCUUAGCGAUCCCCACGGUCUUCCAACGCUCGAUCAACAGUACUGGCUAUAACCUCACCGCCGAAGAGAUCGAUAGUAGGGUCAUCGAAAUCUCUCGCAUCAUUGCGGUUCUCCUCCUUGUCGCCUAUGCUGUCUUCCUCUUCUUCCAGAUGCACACUCACCAUGGUAUCUACGACGCUAUAUUCGAAGAUGACGAGGAACGAGAUGUAGAUCGCCACAAGGACAGAGCGAAAGCCAAGUUGACAUUUACGGAAUGUGUAAUUGCGCUCGCCGUCUCUGUUACUCUUGUGACAUUCAUCGCCAUCGCGUUAGUCCAGGAAAUCACGCCCAUUGUGGAACAAGGCCACGUUUCCGACCCCUUCAUGGGCUUGAUCCUAGUCCCUCUAGUCGAGAAAGCCGCCGAGCACUUAACAUCUAUCGACGAGGCCUGGGACAACCAGAUCAACUUCGCCCUAUCCCACUGCAUAGGCGCCACGAUCCAGACCGCCAUGCUCAACGCCCCGCUGGUUAUCAUUGUCGGAUGGGGCUAUGGCUUCCCGAUGGAUUUCAACUUUGAGAUCUUCGAUAUCGUUAUGCUGAUACUUGCUGUCAUCACCGUCGGAAACUUUUUGAGGAAUAAGAAGAGCGACUAUCUGGAGGGCUUUUUGUGCAUCAUCGUCUACGUUUCCAUCGCCGUCGCCGCCUUUUACUAUCCGAACCCCCACGAAGCUGCCGGACACGGAGCAACCGCCGAAGGAGGACACGAAGCUGCUGGCGAGGUGGCUGGCGAAGCUGCUGCCCAUGUGGCAAGGUACCUGGGACUCUCGUAGCCGGAGAAUCUUGGGAUAUCACCGGGAUAUGCAUUUACCAAGCCUGGCGUUGGAAAAAGGACAACUUUGGUUAGAAUGAUCGCGUUUCCACGUUUGAGUCGAGGGAUCCCAGGGGUUCCCUGCGUUCUACGGAGUCGAUUCUUUAUAAGAGCCAAUGAUUUACAAUUUUGACAAUCGGCACGAAUUUGCUUUGACCUCAGGUGGGCACUUAGUAUCUUGACGGCAAAAGAAAACCUAUCAAAUAAUUUCUAUUUCACAGGUAUUGGUGAAGGUCCGAGUCGGGAGUGAAUUCUUAU